UCCACUAAUCACUCGAGUUAGAGAUUAUAAUACGAUUCAUUUCUGAUAUCACAAUUCGAUAAUUGUUUCGCAUUAGAAGCGUUUCGUAGUUUUCUGUUUAUAGAUUAUAAUGACAGCCGAUUCAUCGGCGCCGGCGCCGGCGCCUGCACCGGCGACUCCACCUGAGAAGAAAGAGGAUGAGAAAGUGCCGUUUUAUAAACUGUUUUCCUUUGCAGACAAGCUUGACAUACUUCUAAUAGUGGUCGGCGCAAUCUCCGCCGUCGGGAAUGGUGUGUCGCAGCCGCUCAUGACGCUUAUUUUCGGCGAGUUGGUGGAUGCUUUCGGCGGAGGUGAUCGAUCAACUGUUGUGCAUGUAGUUACGAAGGUAUCGCUGAAAUUGGUGUACCUGGGCAUCGGUACUGGCGUUGCUUCACUUCUACAGAUGGGGUGUUGGAUGGUAACCGGAGAAAGGCAGGCGGCUCGGAUAAGAGGGCUAUACUUGAAAACUAUAUUGAGGCAAGAUAUAGAGUUCUUUGAUACUCAAACAUCAACAGGAGAGAUCAUUGAGAGAAUGUCUGGCGAUACGAUUCUCAUUCAAGACACCAUGGGUGAAAAAGUGGGAAAAUUCAUUCAAUUUUCUUCGACAUUCUUUGGUGGCUUUAUUAUUGCUUUCUGUAGAGGAUGGCGCCUGGCGCUCGUCUUGUGUACGUGCAUACCUGCUCUUGGUGUAGCAGGAGCAACUACGGCUAUACUCAUGGGGAAGAUGGCGAGCCUUGGACAAGCUGCAUAUGCUGAGGCUGGAAAUGUAGUUGAACAAACAGUUGGAGCUAUUAGGACGGUUCAAUCCUAUACUAGUGAGAAACAAGCCAUGGAGAAAUAUGACAGCAAACUUGUUAUUGCUUACAAGGCUACUUUGAAACAAGGGCUAGCUUCGGGCACGGGAUUUGGCUGCAUGUUGUUUUUUAUCUUCUCCACAUAUGGACUUGCUGUUUGGUAUGGAGGCAAGCUGAUUAUAACCGAAGGAUACAGUGGAGGGAAAGUUGUUAAUGUUAUCAUGUCCGUCAUGACAGGGGGAAUAGCAAUUGGCCAGACUUUUCCAUGUGUAAAUGCGUUUGCAGCAGGUCAAGCUGCCGCGUACAAGAUGUUUGAGACCAUCAAGCGUAAACCAAAAAUUGAUGCUGAUUGUGAUGGGAUUGUGUUGGAAGAUAUCAAAGGUGACAUUGAGCUAAAAGAUGUGUAUUUCAGAUAUCCAGCAAGGCCAGAAGUUCAGAUAUUUCAAGGAUUCUCAAUGUCCAUAUCUAGUGGGAAGACUGCUGCCUUGGUUGGGCAGAGUGGAAGUGGGAAAUCAACAGUGAUUAGCUUGGUGGAGAGGUUUUAUGAUCCUGAAGCUGGAGAAGUACUGAUUGAUGGUGUUAACUUGAAGAAGUUGAAGCUGAAAUGGAUCAGGGGAAAGAUUGGACUUGUGAGCCAGGAGCCUAUCUUAUUUGCAACCUCCAUUAUGGAGAACAUACUAUACGGAAAAGAAGAUGCAACGGAAAAAGAGAUACGAAGGGCUAUUCAGCUUGCUAAUGCUGCUAGGUUCAUCGACAAGUUGCCACAGGGUCUUGAUACAAUGGUGGGAGAACAUGGCACCCAGCUCUCUGGGGGUCAGAAGCAGAGAAUUGCAAUUGCUCGUGCCAUUCUGAAAGAUCCCAGAAUUCUCCUUCUUGAUGAAGCAACGAGCGCUCUGGAUGCUGAAUCAGAACGAACAGUUCAGGAAGCGCUAGAGAAUGUAAUGAGAAACCGUACAACAGUGGUGGUUGCGCAUCGUUUGACAACUAUUAGGAAUGCUGAUAUGAUAGCUGUUGUGCAUGUCGGGAAGCUGGUAGAGAAAGGCACACAUGAUGAACUGAUGACAGAUCCUGAGGGAGCUUAUGCGCAGCUUGUUCGGAUGCAAGAAAGGGCUACUCAAACUAGUACUACUGGUCAAGAAAUUAUCCUUCAAGGCUCUGACAUACGCUUGAGCAUAUCUGAGGGAAGCUUGAGCAGAUCUGAAAGACACAGUUUUUCCAUACGCAAAUCCACGGGCAAUGACUCAUCAAGGCAUUCAUUCUCACUUUACGGUCUUCCUAACUUUGACAUACGCGAGAUCCAGCCUGUAGAAAACGAGAUCGAACAGCCUGAUGAAAGCACAUUGAAGAGACGCAGCAAAGUUUCUAUCAGACGGCUAGCAUCUAUGAACAAACCCGAAGCACCAUAUUUGAUACUUGGAUGUGUAGGUGCAGGAGUGCAAGGGUUAGUUUUCCCUAUGUUCGGUCUUCUGCUGUCAACAGCUAUCAAAAUCUUCUUCGAACCUCCAAAUCAGCUCGGGAAUGAUUCCAUAUUCUGGGGACUGAUGAUGGUUGUGCUAGGCCUCACUACUCUGCUGGCCCUUCCCGUACAGAAUUACUUCUUUGGAGUUGCAGGUGGUAAAUUGAUUCAAAGGAUUCGUUCUAUGUCGUUCAAGAAGGUCGUUCACCAAGAGAUCAGUUGGUUUGAUGAUCCUGCAAACUCAAGUGGAGCAAUUGGAGCUAGAUUAUCAGGUGAUGCCGCCACUGUUAGAAGCCUGGUGGGGGAUGCUUUGGGACUAAUCGCCCAAAAUAUAUCCACCUGCAUAGCAGGUCUCGUCAUUGCCUUCACUGCUAACUGGUUGCUGGCCAUCAUAAUCCUACUCGUCCUGCCUCUCGUUGGAAUGCAAGGAUUCUUGCAGAUGAGAUUCUACAAAGGCUUCUCUGCUGAUGCAAAGGUAAUGUAUGAAGAGGCUAGUCAAAUAGCAAACGACGCUGUUAGCAGUAUCAGAACAGUGGCUUCGUUCAACGCUGAGGACAAGGUGAUGAAGAUGUACAAGAAGAAAUGUGAGGGUCCUCUGAAGCAAGGAGUCAGGCUCGGAGUUGUUAGUGGUGCAGGUUUUGGCGUUGGUUCGUUGGUGCUCUACUGCACGCAGGCCUUCUGUUUCUAUGUCGGAUCUCUUCUUAUUCAAGAUGGUAGAGCAUCAUUCGGAGAAGUAUUCAAGGUUUUCUUCGCCUUAACCAUGUCCGCGACUGGAAUCUCUCAAGCUAGCGCUACAGCUCCAGAUGUCAACAAAGUGAAAGAUUCUGCUGCCUCUAUAUUUGAGCUGCUUGACAGCGAACCUAAGAUUGAUUCAAGCAAAGAGGAAGGUAUAACAUUGACUAGUGUUCGUGGUGAGAUUCAUCUUCUACAUGUGAGUUUCAAGUAUCCCACACGGCCUGACAUUCCAAUCUUCAGAGAUUUAUGCCUAUCCAUACCUUCUGGCAAGACAGUUGCUCUAGUUGGAGAGAGCGGCAGUGGAAAAUCAACUGUCAUCGCGCUGAUAGAGAGGUUUUACAAUCCUGACUCAGGCCAAAUUUUAAUGGACGGAGUGGAACUUAGGAGGUUGAAGCUUAGUUGGCUAAGGCAACAGAUGGGGCUGGUGAGCCAGGAGCCGGUGCUUUUCAACGACACAAUCCGAGCCAACAUCGUGUAUGGUAAAAGUGGAGAGGUGACAGAAGAAGAGAUCAUCAAUGCCACGAAAGCAGCCAAUGCUCACAACUUCAUCUCCGCAUUGCCUAAUGGCUAUGACACUGGUGUUGGGGAGAGAGGCAUGCAGUUAUCAGGUGGCCAGAAGCAACGGAUUGCCAUUUCUCGAGCAAUACUGAAGGACCCCAAGAUCCUUCUUCUUGAUGAGGCAACAAGCGCGCUGGAUGCUGAGUCGGAGAGGAUAGUGCAGGAUGCGUUAGAGCGAGUGAUGGUGAACAGAACCACAGUUGUGGUGGCGCAUCGCCUAACGACGAUAAUGGGGGCGGAUGCCAUUGCGGUGGUGAAGAACGGAGUUAUCUGUGAGAAGGGAAAGCAUGAGGUGCUGAUGAAGAUUGAAGAGGGAGUCUAUGCAUCCUUGGUUGCUCUUCAUGCAACUUCACAGUGAUUUUAAAUGUGAACUGAUGAAUAUGUCAUUCUUUUUUAUAGUACAGUACUGUUUUGUGUUUAUAUUUUUAGUAAAUCGUAAGUGUGUCAUCCUAAGCCUUAUUUUUCCUCACUACUUAAAUCUUAAUCUAAUAUUAUACUAGUGUUUGUUA